AUGUACAACAUUUCUGUGUCAACAGUUGACCAGAUCGACAGAAAGGCCAACGCCUACUUCCGACGGUGGUUAGGUGUGCCGAGAUGUCUCUCAUCUGUCGCUCUGUAUGGCAAGAACAAGCUCAACCUUCCUUUCUCGUCAAUUGCAGAAGAUUUCAAGUUAGAAAAGGUCCGACUGGUGUUGGAAUUGGAGGGCUCUCAGGACCCUUCAGUGAGAGCAGCAAACCAAGGCCUUAGCACCGGAAAGAAAUGGAGUGCAAGUACCUCCAUAAGUCAAGCCAUCAGUAGACAACAACACAAAGACCUGGUGGGAUCAGUCCAAGUGGGGCGAGCAGGUUUUGGCUGGGGCAAGAGAGACCAAAGGUGGAAAAGUGCGAACCCCAGGGAAAGGAGACAGUUGGUUAUCCAAGAGGUUAAGAGGAUGGAGGAGGAGAGGCGGAGAGUAACAGCAGUCGGCCAGAGCCAACAGGGAGCCUGGCUCAACUGGGAAGGCGCAGUGGAGAGGAGGCUCACGUGGAGCGAUCUGUGGAGCAUGCAGAAUGCUAGGUUGAGUUUCCUCCUCCGCUCAGUGUAUGAUGUCCUCCCCAGCCCCUACAACCUCACACGUUGGUAUAAGAAUGAGGAGUCUUGUCAACUGUGCGGCCAAGCCCAAGCUGACCUGAAACACAUUCUAUCUAACUGCAAAAUUGCCUUACAACAGGGUCGUUACACAUGGAGGCAUAACAAGGUGCUCAGGCUAAUUGCAGUGAUGCUGGAGGAGGUGAGGAAGAAAGCCAAAGGUGCUACUGCACGAACACAACCAAUCCAGUUUGUAAGGGAGGGCCAGAAGCCCAAAUCAGCAGACAGCAACAACAUCAACACUGGCGGCGGCCCACUGAGUAGAGGGAAAUGGGAAAUGGCAGUAGAUCUUGAUAGACAACUCCGUUUUCCAAGUACAAUUUGUGUCACACAGUUGAGACCCGAUUUGGUUCUGUGGUCAGAGGACCAGAAGUCUGUGCUGAUUAUAGAACUCACCGUUCCAUGGGAAGAGAAUAUUCAAGAGGCCUACGAGAGGAAGAAACUAAAAUACGAAGAGUUAGCUGAUCAAUGUAAACAACAAGGGUGGAGAAGCAGAGUCUACCCAGUCGAGGUCGGAACCAGAGGGUUUGCAGGAACAUCCCUCCUACGCUUGUGUAGGGAUCUACAGAUACAGGGGAAGUUACAGUCUCAGUUUGUCAGGCAGGUGACUGAAGAGGCAGAAAGAAGCAGCUUUUUCCUGUGGAUUAAAAGGAAGGACAAGUGUUGGAAGAAAGCCGUCCAGAAGUGA